UAUUCCUCACCACACAAAGCUUACACCCACUGACACCAUAUUUGUUAAAAGCAAGACAAAAUCAAGGGCUUUGAACCAACUCACAAAGGGAAAUAAACCACAGCAAUAGCUGCCUUCCAGGAAAUAGUUUUCCCAAACUGCAUAAGGCACCACCCAUAAUUUUAUAACCGAGUGACUUUGGAAUUCUUUCUCAGUGGAAAUGAACUGUGCAUUACUAGGCAGUAUAAUACAAGGCUUGAUAGAUAAUUGCUCAAAUUCCAACAAGCUUUCCAAUUAGCAUCAAACUUCAGCAAAGCACACAGUUUACCACUAAAGCCACUGGAGACUUUCUGCACUCAACGUUUUGGAUCCUUGAACUAUAAUUCUUUCUGAUCCCCCAAAACAAGUGCAGAUGAGAAACCACGAAGCUAUUCCUAGAAUAAGAAAAUAAGAAAGAGAGAAUGAGGGAAAUCAGGAAAGAAAGAAAUAAGUACAAAACGAGAGACAGAGGACAGAGAGUUUAGUUUUUAGCUGUUGACUGCCGGACUGAUCUUGUGAGGACUCCUUGCUUGUGAAUUGUGACAACAGAGUCCUUGUAAGGGGAGCAUAGGACAUGAAUCCAAGGGAAACUGUCAAGCACCCAUGAGACACAGGAACCCCCCCUCUCAUUCCCCCUCCCUAACCCAGCCCCUCUCUCUCAACUCGGCACUCGACAUUAGUGCUGGGCUGUUAGACAGUGUGCUCAUUGUCCCCCAGCACGGCACCUGCUCUCUGCUCGCACAGCUUCACCUUCUCCUCCUGCUCAAGUAUGAUGGAGCUUGGACCAAGAUGCCUCAGUGUGAUCUACUUGCUGUUUCUAUGUCUGUCUUUCUGCCUGCCCGGAGACACAAACACAAAAAAAGCCAUCAAGAUACCCCGCUGUCCUGCGACCUGUUCGUGCACUAAAGAUAGUGCCUUUUGUGUGGAUACGAAGGCAAUACCAAAGAGCUUCCCACCUGGGAUCAUUUCUCUGACCAUGGUGAAUGCAGCAUUUACGACAAUCCCAGAAGGAGCUUUCUCACACCUUCACGUACUCCAGUUCCUACUUUUGAACUCGAACACAUUCUCCACCAUUUCGGAUGAUGCUUUCGCUGGUCUAUCUCAUCUGCAGUACCUGUUCAUCGAGAAUAAUGAUGUCCAAACUCUCUCAAAAUAUACCUUCCGGGGACUAAAAUCUCUGACUCAUUUAUCCCUCUCAAACAACAACCUGCAACAGCUGCCCAGAGAUCUAUUUAAACAUCUGGACAUCCUCACAGAUGUAGACCUGCGAGGAAACUCCUUCCACUGUGACUGUAAGAUCAAAUGGCUGGUUGACUGGAUAGACAAGACUAACACUUCCGUUCCUCCCGCCUACUGUGCCAGUCCCUUUGAAUUUCAGGGCCGCAGAAUCCAUGACCUCGCUCCGAGAGACUUCAGCUGCAUCACUGCAGAUUUUGCCAUUUAUGAAACGUUUCCUUUCCAGUCUGUGUCUGUGGAGUCUUACGAGUUCAGCGGGGAUCAGUUUGUUGUCUUUUCUCAACCUGAAUCAGGGUUCUGCACUCUUUAUGUGUGGGAUCAUGUUGAAAUGACAUUUAGGACAUUUCAUAAUAUUCCCUCUCGGUCAUCUCUGUACUGCAAACCAGUGGUGAUAAACAACACACUUUACAUGGUUGUGGCUCAACUUUUUGGUGGAUCUCACAUCUACAAGUGGGAAGAGGACCCUCUUCGCUUUGUGAAGAUACAAGACAUUGAUACUACUCGAGUGAGGAAGCCUAACUUUGUGGAGACGUUCCAACUGGGUGGUGAAUGCUAUUUUGUAGUAGUAGACAGUUCAAAGGCCGGUUCAACCAGCAUUUAUCGAUGGAACAGCAAUGGCUUUUACUCCCACCAGUCGCUCCACCCUUGGCACCGCGACACCCAUGUAGAGUUCCUCGAUGUCGGAGGAAAGCCUCACCUCAUCCUCUCCAGCUCCACUCAACCACCGGUGAUUUACCAGUGGAACCGAGGGCAGAAGCAGUUUGAUUUCCUCUCCCAAAUCACAGAGCAAGCCGAUGUGCAGAUGGUCAAACACUUCUGGGUUCGGAAGGCGCUUUACCUUUGCCUCACACGCUUCAUUGGUGACUCAAAGAUACUCCGCUGGGAAGGCCAGCGUUUCAUCGAGAUCCAGACUCUUCCCUCUCGGGGCUCCAUGGUUGUGUAUCCCUUCACGGUGGGCCUUCGGCAGUAUCUCACCCUUGGGAGCGAUUUCUCUUUUUCCAGAGUGUACUUGUGGGAUGAUCUCACUCAGCGGUUUCAGCCAUUUCAGGAACUCAAUUUGAGAGCCCCGAGGGCCUUCAGCUUGGUGUCGGUCGACAACAAGGACAUUAUGCUGGCUGCCAGCUUCAAGGGAAAUUCGCUGGCCUACGAGCACCUGCUGGUCGAUCUCAGUGCCAAGUAGAAAUGUGACGGACAAUAUGACGUGCCAACAACAAGAACAAAAAAUGAAAAAGUGCAGGCAUAUUUUAGUGUAUCUCGAUAUUUAAGUUGUGGAAAACUCUUAAAUUAUUUUGAAAAUUCAAAAAUAAAUUUGUGUGUUACUGUAUAUGGCUCCACUAUACACACAAAUAUUAAAAUCAUGGAUUUGUAUAAUUUUGAUGAUUAGAGCUUACAGAUAAUGGAAACCGAGAAAUUGGGACGGUAUAAUGAAUCUGGACGACUUUCACGUUUUGAUUUGAACUACUGUACUGAAAUAUAUGAAAUUUUCCACGUCUGUGUGGAAGUUUUGUUAUUUCACACAAUGUUUUUAAUGACUAACAAAAAAAUUGAAAUCUAUUUUAUGAAUUAUCUUACAUAGUUAUUCAUGUUAAAAUAGAGCCUCAGUGCCAUGCUGAUUGAAAUGCCAAGUUACUCUUUCUGUACAUAUGCUAUUGUUGAAAUGCAUGUUCAUUUAUUGAAUCAGUCACCAGAUAAUGCUCUUUUGUUUGAUAUCUGGUACUGUUAUUUAAGUGUGUAAAAUUUUAAAAAGCUAAAAUUACCCAUUUUAAUCAGAGAUGGCUUAAUGUGUCCCUCAAGUGUUUUUGAUGCUGAUUCAAGAAACUUUUCUUGCAGGUGAAGUUUUGGAGAUAUUUUCUUUUUUUGUGUGUGUAUUUAAGUGUGACCUAUAAGAGCUUGCACGAUACGGAUUUUGCCAUGCAUUGUAAUAUAUAGCUUCAACGCUUCAGGAAAAGAAUCUCCGUUACUGAACCUAAACCUUAAUUCGAAAAUAUUACGAAACAAAUGAUGAUGAUAUUUUUAUGUGCGAGAGAAAAAAGGGGACGGAUUCUGUCUGAGCGGCAAAAAAAAAAAAAAAAAAAAAUCUACAAGUUUAUUUACAUCUCUGGUUAAAAUUAGUAAUCAAUUCUUGACCAGUGUUAUCUGUGCAGUACUUUACAUUUUGGAAUAUAUUUAUAUGGUAUCAGAUAUCGCUAUGCCUGUCUUCAUUUGUUUUAUUCAGGAAUAACAAACACUUCAACAUUUCAAGUGGCUUAAAACAAAGGUAGAAAAGCGCCAUACAAGAGACAGACCAUUACCCUUCCAAUUGUCCAUUGAUAACCACAUAAUCAUGCUAAGCACUAAUGUAUAUUUCUGAUGUCAGUCAGAAACCGUUUUUCCAGUGUUGCAAUGUACAUUUAUUGACAGCGGAUUAUGAAUAAAUGCUCUGUAGCCCCUGA